CAGGCAGGCAGCCAGCCAGCAGCCAGCAGCUGCGAAUCGAAGCGGAAUCGAAGCCCACCACCAGCAGCAGUGCCCACUUGCUUGGAGCGCGAGUUUACCCCGAGCAAAUCGCGGCGGCGCUCGUGCCCGUGCCUCCCGCGUCGAACCCUAGUGCAACUACCAGAUCCGGAGAUCCCGCGCGGGCGCGGGCGGGACACCAAGCUUCUGACUCAACUCAAUCCCCGCACCUGCCAAUGCCACCCCCUCGGCGCUGAUCCGAUCCCGCCGCCGCCGACACUCGCGGGCCCGCCCCAUGGAUUCCGCCCGGAGCUGGCUCCAGAAGCUGCAGCCGCGGGACAAGGACAGAGAGCGGGGCGCCAAGACGCCGGCGCCGGCGUCGCCCAACGGUGGCGCCGGCAACUCCGCGAGGAUGGCCGCCGCGGCGGGGGAGGAGGCGCUGUCUAGCGCCACCAAGCAGAAGGUGGCGGCGGCGAAGCAGUACAUCGAGAACCACUACAAGUCGCAGAUGAAGUCGCUUCAGGAGCGCAAGGAGAGGCGUUGGAUGUUGGAGAGGAAACUAGCAGAUGCAGAUGUAUCUGAAGAAGAGCAAAACAAUAUCCUGAAAGAUUUAGAAAAAAAGGAGACAGAAUACAUGCGCCUACGAAGGCAUAAAAUGGGCGUUGAUGACUUUGAAUUGCUUACCAUUAUUGGGAGAGGUGCAUUUGGGGAGGUGAGACUUUGUAGAGAAAAAGCUACAUCCAAUGUGUAUGCAAUGAAAAAGCUUAAGAAGUCCGAAAUGUUACGAAGAGGGCAGGUUGAACAUGUCAGAGCUGAAAGGGACCUCCUUGCAGAGGUUGAUAGUCCUUACAUUGUUAAGCUGUACUGCUCAUUUCAAGAUGAUGAGUUUCUGUACCUCAUUAUGGAGUACCUUCCUGGUGGUGACAUGAUGACUUUACUCAUGCGCAAGGACACACUGACUGAGGACGAAUCUAAGUUUUAUGUUGCAGAGACAAUACUAGCAAUUGAAUCUAUUCACAAACGCAUUUAUAUUCAUAGGGAUAUCAAGCCUGAUAAUUUGUUGCUAGAUCGAAGUGGCCACUUGAAGCUUUCAGAUUUUGGCUUAUGUAAACCUCUAGAUAGCAGUUGCUUCCCAAAUCUGAGUGACCUUGACUAUGCAGCAGGUAAGAGCACCAAUCCAUCAUCAGAUGGUGAUAAGCAAUCCAGUAACUCUACUGCCCCCAGGCGGACACAACAGGAACAACUACUACAUUGGCAGAAGAAUCGGAGGAUGUUGGCUUACUCUACUGUUGGUACACCUGAUUACAUUGCACCCGAGGUACUCCUGAAGAAAGGAUAUGGAAUGGAAUGUGACUGGUGGUCACUUGGUGCAAUAAUGUUCGAAAUGCUUGUGGGGUAUCCGCCAUUUUAUUCUGAAGACCCAAUGUCAACAUGUAGGAAGAUAGUGAAUUGGAGAAGUCAUCUAAAAUUCCCUGAAGAGGCCAGCCUUUCUCUAGAAGCUAAAGAUCUCAUUAGCAAGCUAUUGUGUAAUGUGGAUCAGAGAAUUGGAACAAAAGGUGCACAUGAGAUAAAGGCACAUCCAUGGUUUGCAGGUGUUGAGUGGGAAAAACUAUAUCAGAUGGAAGCAGCUUUCAUUCCUGAGGUUAAUGAUGAGUUGGACACACAAAACUUUGAAAAGUUUGAGGAGACUGCUCCUCCAAUGCAAACUUCAUCAAAGGCAGGUCCUUGGAGAAAGAUGCUUUCCUCCAAGGACGUGAACUUUGUUGGCUAUACCUACAAGAACUUUGAAAUUGUGAACGAUCCUGAGCUUCCAGGAAUUGCUGAGCUAAAGAAAACGAACAACAAGCCAAAGCGACCAACCAUCAAAUCAUUAUUUGAGACUGCUGAUAGUGAAGACCAGCCUUCUGAUGGCAGUUUUCUGAACCUAUUACCCACACAACUGGAGCUGCCAGAGAGCCUUGAGCCCUCUCCUCACUCCAGUAUCUCUUCUGAGGAUUCCCAAGCACGGAAUAGGUAGCAGGUCUCUAUUCAGAGGACAAGCUCCAUAAAGUUUGCUUUUGAAGAGAUGUUUGUGGUGCUCAGCAGCCAUCUAAUGUACAUUGUCCUGUACAUUGUUACUGGUUUCCAAAGUUCCUUUGGCAACGACACGAGGAGGUUGGUUGUCAUAUAGAGGAGGAGGUAUUUGUUCUCUCCUGUAAAUCCUUGGAUUCUUUGAGUUUCUGAGAUUUAUUCUUUCGAUAUAGCAUGCCAAGGGGGUAUGCUGCCUGUUUCCUUUUUACGUGCAGAAAUCUGCAUUUCUACAUCGUUGUUGUAAGAUUUGAGACAGUGUAAAGAAAUUGCAAGUGAUAAACAAGCGACCGAAAAUGAUAAUGAAAAUGCUAUUUUUCUUC